AAUAGAACGCACCCACGAACCACGCUAGUUGUUUGUUUCUGUUGUUGGUACUGAUUCGAAGGGCAUCCAAAUCCUUGCAGUUUAUGUAAUUCUUCGGUGUUCAUUAUAGCAAUCUGCCAUGUCCAGGAGAGAUAUUAGAGAUCGUGAUCAUCGGCGGUCACAAACCCGCAGUCGUUCACGCAGUAGGAGUAGGAGCAGAUCACCCAGAGGAGGAAGAGACUACUCGCCUCGUCAAGGCAUGUCUGAUUUGACAAAUGACCCUAACACAGUAAAUGCACGUAUAUUUGUUGGAAGUAUUAGUGCUAAUAUGACAAGAGAAAAGUUGAAAGAAUAUUUUUCGCAGUAUGGAAAAGUUAUCGGAGUGUCAAUUACUAGAACAAAGUUUGGAUUUGUGCAGUUUUCAAAAGAAGAAGAGGCCAUGAACUGUUUACGGGCAGGAUCAACAGCCUAUAUAAAUGGCCAGAGAGUUGAUGUGAAGCCUGCCAAAAUUGGUGGUGGUGGUGGUCCAGGAGGUAUGGGUGUAGGACCUAUGCCACCCUCUGUGGGUUUGAGGAGGAGCCAUUACGAGAAUGAAAGAGGAAGGUCUCCUUCUGUGGGGAGGGCCGUAGAUGAUUACUAUGAAUAUUACAGUCGAGGAGCCCCAGAAGAACGUCCUCGUGACCCAUAUGAUGCGUAUGACGACUAUUAUCGUUCUUACUAUGAUAGAUAUGAUGACUAUCACCGUAGUCGUACGUCUGAGAGUGAAACUCAUACUCCGAGAAAUUACCACAGUUAUCAAGAACCUCUUGAUCCACUGGACCCCAGCAGGCCUAAUGAUGUGGAGAUAGUAGUGCCAAAUAAAAUGCAAAGAGAUUAUGCUGAGAGUAUUGAGGCACAGUUGAAGUCAUUCAAUCUCCUUGUGGAUCUCCUUUUUCCACCACCUGACAUACCCCCUUCUCAAGUCUUAGUUGAUCUCUCCAGAAGAAAUACAUUAUACGCCAUAUUUGUCACUUCCGACAAUGAAAGCCACCGCUCCUUGACCUUGAAUAUUUUGCAUGGCACUCCACAAG